CCGUUCUCAACGUCACUUGGCUCAAUUCGAGUCAACCCUAGAAUAUCCUUAUGCGCUCGUAUUGGUGACCGCGCAUGUACAAAUCUGUCGUGCGUUACGUCGCUCACUGCGACGCUUGUCAACACACCAAAAUCACGGUUUCCCCUGGGCGCCUCUUUACCCGCUGCCAAUUCCCGACGAACUUUGGUUGUUGGUCAGCAUGGAUUUUAUGUUCGGCUUGCCGCGCGACGUCAGCGGCAACGCCGGGAUCAUGGUUUGCGUCGAGCGCGCGUCGAAAUACGUCGUUGCGAUUCCCGUCAAGAACACGCUAAGCGGUAUGGACGCCGUUCGCCUCUUCUUCAAACAUGUCUUCUGCCACUUCGGCCUGCCACGGUCUAUCGACUCGAACAAUGACCCCCGGUUCACCGCCAAAUUUUGGUCGACCCACUUUGACCUGUGCGACACCUCGUUAGACAUGUCGAUAUCCGACCAACACGGCUCCGACGGUCAAACGGAGCGCGCGAAUAAUGUCUUCGCAGCUACUCCAUCUCUACCAGCGUCCACUCGCUUUUCGCCCCAUUACGCGAUCCAUAUCAAGCAUCCGCGUCUCUCCCCGAUGCUGGACGGCUUUGUUUCAAAUGGGGAGACAUUAACGAGCCAUCUAACACCUAUGCAAUACAUUCAUGACAGCGUGGCUGCGGCACAGCAGCGUCAAACGACCCAGGCGAAUAAAAUCGCGGCCGCUCCUACUUCGCUACCGUCGCUGUCCCCAAUGAAGUCCUCCUUUUCACCGAUCCGUUCGUCACAGAAGAAGAUUGCUCUGGAAGUUAGCGAGUCGGAACCGGACGAAAGCGACGGGAGUGAGGACCUUACGGACGUGACGCUGCACCUUCUGUUGGCUGAGGAGACAGAAGACGCGAUUCCGUCGACCUACGUGGUGGCCAGUGUUCGAGCGGUACCGGACGCCUUGCGUCUGAACUUCGUGGAGGAGUUUGGUCGAAACCAAAUGGCCGCAUUCAAAGCGUUUGUGAUGCGGGCGUAUACAGAACUGAUGCGCCUGCCGGAAAACAAGGAAACGCACUUGACGGAAUGGGCCAUACGUUUUGAGGAGACGAUGAAGCACCAUGAGGAGCAUUGACAAGAAGCGCACGGUGGCAUUAUCUCGUAUGGAAUCGGCGUUCAAGGCGAACAUACACUUAUUCGAAAGGGUUUAGGGGCUCUUCCAAGUAACUUUCAAAAACGAACGGAGCCAAUCAGAA